GGUGUCUUCAUUUUUUUUGGGUCACGGAAUCUUUGUUGUCAACUUCAAAGGGCGUCAGAGACCACCUCCUCGUCGACCCCUCAUCUCAAACGUGGUGAUACGUUCUCCUCCACCAAAAUAUUGGCACGUGGGAAAUUGCUGUCGUCCAAAGAUGAGCAUCAGCUUCCCCAAGACCGAGGAGGAGACCAUUCGCUUCUGGCGAGAGGUUGAUGCCUUCCAGACGCAGCUUCGCCUGACUGAAGGCUGCGAGCCCUUCACUUUCUAUGAUGGGCCUCCUUUUGCUACUGGCCUUCCCCACUAUGGUCAUCUCUUGACGUCCACGAUCAAGGAUAUCAUCCCCCGGUAUUGGGCAAUGAAGGGAUAUCAUGUCAGUCGACGAUUCGGCUGGGAUACCCAUGGCCUACCCGUUGAGUACGAAAUCGACAAGAAACACGGCAUGUCGGCCCAAGAUGCUGUCGCAAAGAUGGGCGUUGCCGCCUAUAAUGCCGAGUGUAGGGCCAUCGUCAUGAGAUACGCCACCGAGUGGAGACAAAUAAUCGAGCGUUUGGGUCGCUGGAUCGACUUCGACAAUGACUACAAGUCUAUGGACGUCACUUUCAUGGAGUCGUGCUGGUGGGUAUUCAAGGAGCUCUUCGAGAAGGAGCAAGUAUAUCGUGCCUACCAGAUUAUGCCCUACUCGACCGCCCUAGGCACCCCUCUCAGCCAGAUCGAAGCGAAGCAGAACGAAAAGAUGACCCAGGACCCCGCCAUUCUUGUUUCCUUCCCAGUCGUCGGACAAGAAGGCGUAGAUGCGUCCUUGGUCAUCUACACGACCACGCCUUGGACCCUUCCGUCCAACCUUCUCAUUGCCGUCCACCCCGAGUUCGAAUAUGUCGAGUUCCUCGACGAGAAAUCGGCCAAGAAAUACAUCAUCAUGGAGAGCGGCCUGCCCUCUUUCUAUGGGAAGGAUUUCAAGAAGGCCAAGUACAAGAUUCUGAGGAAGUUUGUUGGGAAGGACCUGAUCGGUUGGAAAUACGAGCCACUCUUCCCCUACUUUGCCGAGUCGUACUCGGAGUGCUUCCAAGUCAUUGGCGCAGACUACGUGGAGGCAGGUGAGGGUACAGGCCUCGUCCACCAGGCUCCGGCUUUUGGUCAAGAGGACUACGACGCCGCCAUCGCCACUGGGUUUAUCAGUGAGAAACGCCUACCGCCCUGCCCUGUGGACCAGAAGGGCCAUUUCACAGCCGAAGUGCCGGAGUACGCGGGACAACACGUCAAGGCGGCGGACAAGGCCAUUCUGAAGGACUUGAGGAAGACUGGCCGUCUCCUGGUGGAAAGCCAGGUCUCGCACGUUGACAAGUUCUGCUGGCGCUCAGAUACACAGCUCAUUCGAAAGGCCGUCUCAUCUUGGUUUAUCCGGGUCACCAACUCUGUCCCGGAGAUGCUCUCGAAUCUGGAGUCCACCAACUGGGUCCCCUCCUUCGUCAAGGAGAAGCGGUUCGGCAACUGGAUCGCCAACGCCCACGACUGGAAUGUCUCCCGCAACAGGUAUUGGGGCACGCCGCUCCCGCUCUGGGUCAGCGACGAUUUUGAAGAGGUCAUCUGUGUUGGGAGCAGGGACGAGCUGAGGGAGUUGAGUGGCUACGAUGGGCCGCUCGACGACUUGCAUCGGGACAAGGUUGACCACAUCCAGAUCCCGUCCAGGAAAGGCAAGGGCAUGCUUAAGCGGGUGGAUGAGGUUUUCGACUGCUGGUUCGAGUCGGGAAGCAUGCCAUACGCCUCGGUGCACUACCCCUUUAAGAACGCCGACACUUUCCAUGGCGGCCGAUUCCCGGCAGACUUCAUUGCCGAAGGUCUCGACCAGACCCGAGGCUGGUUUUAUACCCUGAGCGUCCUCGGAAACAAGCUGUUCCAGGUGUCGCCGUUUCGGAAUUGCAUCGUCAACGGCCUCGUCCUUGCUGCAGACGGAAAGAAGAUGUCCAAGAGCCUCAAGAACUACCCCGAUCCCAGCUCCGUCAUAAACGAGUAUGGCUCCGAUGCCUUGAGGCUCUAUCUUAUUAACUCCCCCGUGGUCCGGGCCGAGCCACUGCGCUUCAAGGAAUCCGGUGUCAAGGAGGUCGUAUCUAAAGUUCUACUGCCGCUCUGGAACAGCUACCGGUUCUUCUACGAACAGGCACUGUUGUACAAGAAGAACACAGGCGAAGAAUUCACUGCCGACCCUUCGUUCACGGAGGGCAAGGGACUGGAGAACGUCAUGGACCGGUGGAUCCUUGCCGACUGCCAGAGCAUGCUGCAGUUUAUCGACCAGGAAAUGGCUGGAUACCGCCUGUACACGGUCGUUCCACGGUUGCUUCAAGUGCUCGAUAACCUCACCAACUGGUACAUUCGCUUCAACCGCAAGCGGUUGAAGGGCGUGGCGGGAUUGGGCAUCGAGGACACCAAGGCUGCAUUGAAUACGCUCCUUCAGGUUCUCUACACCUUGGUCCGGGCUUUGGCGCCUUUCACCCCCUUCAUCACCGAGCACAUCUACGGGCUCCUGAAGCCCUUCCUAGGGGAGCUCCUGGCGCAGGCCCCCGAUUCGAGAAGUGUGCACUUCCUUCGCUUCCCGACAGUUCAACAGGCGCUAUUCGACGAGGUGAUUGAGAGAAAGGUGUCGGCCAUGCAGAAGGUCAUCGAUCUGGGACGAACGGCAAGAGAGCGCCGCACCCUCAGUCUGAAGACGCCGUUGAGGUCCAUUGUCGUAGUUGCCGACGAGCAGCACCUGUCCGACGUGGAGUCGCUCGUGGACUAUGUCAAGGGAGAGCUCAACGUGCAGGAGGUCAUCCUGACCACCGACGAGGCGAAGUACGGCAUUGUCCUAGAGGCCAAGGUGGACUGGCCUACGCUGGGCAAGAAGCUCAAGAAGGAUGUGCAGGUGGUGCGCAAGGCGCUGCCGAGCCUCUCUCAAGAGCAGCUGAGGAAUUAUCAGGUUGAGAAGACGAUGACCAUUGGCGGGAUCCAGCUCGAGGAGAACGACUUGGAAAUCGUACGAGUGAUCUCUAAGACCGACGGAGUAGACGGCAAGGCUGCAGUGGAACAGUCGAAGCUUGAGGCGGCCUUCUCGAACGAUGUCAUCAUCCUGCUCGACACCGACGUUUCGGCGGAAGACCUGGUUUACGAGGGCCUGGCGCGUGAGGUGAUCAACCGGGUGCAGAGGCUGCGCAAGAAGGCAGGCCUGGUGCCCACGGACGAGGUCCACAUGCAGUAUGAUGUGACUGCGAAUCCCGAAAAUGUGGACCUGGACAAGGUCCUCGAUACCAAGGAAGAGCUCUUCGUGAACGCUCUGCGGGGCACGCUCCAGCCAUUGGAGGGAGCGUCAGGAGAGUCGGUCAUCUUAGAGGAGGAACAGACUAUCGGUGCACUGAGGAUGAUGCUACGCCUGGCCCGUAUUUAAAGAGGGUCCGGGGGUAGGGGUUUGCUCCAUCGGGGGCGGCCUGUAGAAGUCGGUGAGCGAGUUUUGACGCAUUGUUCUACUGUCGGUAGAAAUGACUUUUAUGAUGCAGCUAGAGCCGGCCAUGACCAACAGAUGGUCAUGUCGCAUACCUUAAAUAAUAAGACGUUGCCUUAGUCCAAU